AUGAACCGAUUUCGGGAACUUUCAAAUAAUCACAAAUCCUUCACUGCCUCACGCCACACAGCUAGUUCUGCAGGUACGCAAGCGACUAGUCAUGUAUCUCAGGGUCAUAUAAGGACCAUACCGCGUAUGUGGAAUCUCUGUGGUGCCAGGAAGCAAGCAUAUUGACGUGGAAUAGCGUGGUUGGAUUCUGGUGAGGAUGACGAUGAGGUUAUCACAGAGCCACCCCAAUCGGCAAGACUUCUGACUCCGCUGCCUCGAGCGCAUAGUGCGCAACACAACAACUCGCCAUCGCAAACCUCCAGACGGAUCUCUCACGACGGGUAUGUGGAUGCAUACGACGAAUCCUCGAAGCUCAAUGAAAAGAAACCAGAAACGGGGUUCUUUGGACCCAAAGAGCCUGUGAAGGGACGUAAAUGGGACCACGCUAGAGAUGGAGAGCCAGUUAUCCUUCAGUCGGGUGUAGUUCCAAGAUAUUCCCCUUGGAGAACGUAUGUCAAGUCGUCAAUGUAUGGUCCCAGUCCGAAUGAAGACAGUACACGGGUCACCUUUGAAUUCUUGAACCAGCAAACUCCAGGUUACGAUCGCCCUUGGAGAGGUGACUUGGAUGGGGCAAAUGACCCAGAGAAAGCAGCAGGCUUUCUACACAAUAAAAAACAACGUCGUUCCUUUUUCCAGCGCUGGCAGGUAUGUAGCGAAAGUAUACGUUUCUUUUCUUUCAGAUUACUAACAUCGCUAGCAUAUACUUCUCAUGCAUCCUUUAAUUCCGUUAAUAUUCAGACUAAUUGUGCUUAUGACAUCUAUCAUAGCUCUUGGUCUUGCGGCUUCCGCUCACUCACUCUCUAACAAAUACCGAUACCCUCAAAAUCCCUCUACAACGAUGGCUGUAGUUGUGGACGUUGUGGCACUUCCCUAUAUUCUUUAUGUUACUUGGGACGAAUACACUGGAAAGCCUCUGGGCCUACGCUCACCAAAGGCUAAGAUCCGCCUUGUCUUAAUAGAUUUGUUUUUCAUUAUUUUUGAGUCAGCCAAUUUGUCGUUGGCAUUUGCCGCUUUGACUGACGCUGAUGGGAGCUGCACAUCAAAUGGUCAAGGUCAGAAUAAAAUUCUAUGUCGCCGAAUCAAUGCCCUAUGUGGAAUUUUAAUGGUGGCACUCAUUGCCUGGAGCAUGACAUUUGCAGUCAGUAUAUUCAGGUAAGAUUAACUAUGCCGCUGUAAAUAUAUAUCCUUUCUAAUCAAUCACAGGCUUGUGGAAAGAGUUGGUGGAAGGGAGGAUGCAGAAUAACAGGGUACUUCCCCUCCAUGGAGUUAAAUAGGAUUUUUCAUUUUUGUGUAAACAGGAGAUACCUCAGUUAUGUAGAGCGAAGGCGUUAGGAUACCAAUCUAUCGGCUAGAUUCAGUGUGUGUGCAACAUAGAGCAAUGACAUGAACAGCUGGUUAUUUUUUCCUCAUUACUUGUAGAUUUUUAUGAUUUGGUACAAAAAAGUGGUGAAUGAAAUAGUCAAUUUCAGAACCUUCUACUUGGUAAAAGCCUGACUUAGCUGUGCAAAACUUGGGACCAUCUCUUUGGUGCAUUCAAUGUAGUCUCGUCUAAAGUUACACGGCUCACCCCUGGAUCAUGGCGAACAGGCAGGGAUUCACAAUGGAACCUGAGGCAUGCGGUAGCCUGGUCUACUCAUACCUUGCGUGAUAGAACGCCUUUGAGGCUUCCUAUAUUUCCACCUUACAACCUCGCCCUCUUCGAGUUCGCAGAACACUGCGAUCUUUCAUGAGAGUACUCAUCAUCUACCACCCCUCGAUUCUUUCUCUGCACUUGUCUCAGCACGACUGCCCUUUCCUUACCUACCCACGCUCCCCUCCAGAUCUUGCGACCAGUUCGCGUCUUGGAGGCACACGCUAUCGAAUUCCAGCAUACCCAAAGCCGUGAAGGCACGAGCGCAAGCACCUUCUGCCACACUCUGCAGAGGAGCUCUGAAGGUGAGGGUGAAUAUCUGGGUUCCAACACGACGAUAUUCGAUAUUCGGCCCGCGUCUCUUGACUUUGCCCUUGCUUUCAAGCACCCCUCAUCAUCCGCCCCUCCAUCCGCCACAUUUGCGAUUAGAUACACAGCCCUCAAGAUGGCUCCCCAUCAGAAGGAUGAUCUGGAAGCUACGUAAGUCUGGCCUUUGUCGUCACUAGCCAUGGUCAUCUUGACUCUUGCUAAUGUGUUGUACGUAGCUGGGCCUACCUUGAAGGUAUAGUCGAUAGAAUUAUGGCCAACCUCACGGAGGGUUUUACGAUGGACGAAGUAUGUGUACCCACUUUCUGUGCUCUCUAUAACCUUUGCUAACCGGUGUCUCGCGAUCUAUAGUACAUGAAGUCUUACUCGUACGUCCCUUCAUCUGCUGAAUGCUCAAGCCCGGCUCUCGGUACUAACAGUAUACUAGGGAGGUUCACAACUUUUGCACAUCACAAAAGGCAGUCGCGAACACCAGUACUGGAAUUAUUGGCGGUGCGCACCGUGGUGGUAUGAUCUUAUGAUAAAACCCAUCCUGUACCCAAUGCUAACACAUUGCUAGCCCAUCUUCUCGGCGAAGAUUUAUACACCAAUUUGAAGAAGUACCUCGAUCGAUACCUGGACACACUUGUCAUCGCAUCCGAAGGCCACUCUGACGAGGCUCUCCUGCACUUCUAUAUCAAGGAAUGGAGCCGCUACACUUCUGCUGCCAUGUUCAUCAACCACAUCUUCAGAUACCUUAAUCGACAUUGGGUAAAGCGAGAGAUGGAUGAAGGCAAGAAGGAUGUAUAUGAUGUUUAUACAUUACAUCUAGUCCGCUGGCGUCACACCAUGUUCACAUCGGUUGACAAGAAGGUCAUGGAAGCCGUUUUGAAGAUGACGGAAAAGCAACGAAACGGUGAGACCAUUGAGCACAGCCAGAUCAAGGCUAUUGUAGACUCCUUUGUUUCGCUGGGAUUGGAUGAAAAUGACCCUACAAAAUCCACUCUUGAUGUUUACCGAUAUCAUUUUGAGAAACCGUUUUUGGCAGCCACCUCAGCCUUUUAUCAAAAUGAAUCGAGAGAGUUUGUGGCUCAGAACAGCAUUGUCGAGUACAUGAAGAAGGCCGCCACUCGAUUACAAGAAGAGGACGAACGUGUCAGCAUGUUUCUGCAUCCAGACAUAUUAAUUCCGCUCCGAAAAACCUGCCAAACAGCAUUGAUCGCCGAUCAUUCUGCACUUCUCCGUGAUGAAUUCCAAGUUUUGUUGGACAACGAUCGCUACGAAGACAUGGAGCGUAUGUAUAACCUUCUCUACAAGAUUCCCGAUGGACUGGAUCCAUUGCGCGCCAAGUUUGAGGCACACGUCCGAAAGGCUGGUCUGGCGGCUGUUCAAAAGGUGGCAGUCGAUGCCGAAAAACUGGAGCCUAAGCUCUACAUUGAUGCUCUUCUUGGUAUUCACAUUCAAUAUCAAGCCUUGGUUAAAAAGGCCUUCCAGGACGAGCCCGAGUUCACCAGAUCUCUCGACAACGCAUGCAGAGAGUUUGUGAACCGUAACCAGGUUUGCAAGUCUGGAUCUAACAAGUCACCGGAGCUGCUAGCCAAGUACGCUGACGCCGUACUCAAAAAGGGAAGCAAUGGCGCAGAAGAGAGUGAUUUGGAGAAUACCCUUGACCAGAUCAUGACAAUCUUCAAGUACAUUGAGGAUAAGGAUGUAUUCCAAAAAUUCUAUUCCCGAAUGUUGGCUCGACGAUUGAUCCAUACUACCUCAUCUUCCGAUGACUCUGAGACGAGCAUGAUCAGCAAGUUGAAAGAACAAUGUGGUUAUGAAUAUACUAAUAAGCUCCAACGCAUGUUCCAAGACAUGCAGAUCUCCAAGGAUUUGAAUGCCGGAUUCAAGGAGUUUGAGGCUGGACUUGUUGAAGAGGGUAGCCAGAAACCUGUUGAUGCAUCAUACCAUAUUCUAGGUACAAGUUUCUGGCCUCUGAAUGCUCCACAAACAGACUUCAACCCGCCUGCCGAGAUCACAAAGGCUUACGAACGAUUCCAAACAUACUAUAGCCAGAAACACAACGGUCGCAAACUCUCCUGGCUGUGGCAAUUUUGCAAGGGAGACGUCAAGGCGAACUACUGCAGACAUUCAAAGACACCAUACACUUUCCAGGUAUCAACCUACCAGAUUGCCAUCCUACUCCUCUUUAACGACAAUGACAAGAACACGUAUGAUGAUAUCAAGACAUCAACUAACCUGCAAUCUGAUGUCCUGGAUCCGGCAUUGGGUAUUUUUGUCAAGUCAAAGGUUCUCCUUAUGAGCCCAGAAGGCGACAAGCCCGGACCAGGCAAGACUUUCAGCUUGAAUUAUGACUUCAAGAGUAAGAAGAUCCGCAUGAAUCUGAAUAUUCAAGUCAAGUCCGAGCAGAAGCAAGAGGUCGAGGAUACUCACAAGACCAUCGAGGAAGACCGCAAGCUUCUCAUGCAGGUAUGUGCAGUCAUUAACUUUCCGAUUUUUGUAAAUCUGCUAACACUAUGUUUAGUCAGCAAUUGUUCGUAUCAUGAAGGCUCGCAAGAAGAUGAAGCACUCUCAGCUCGUCAGCGAAUGUAUCAAUCAAAUUAGAUCUCGCUUCAUACCCAAGAUUCCGGACAUCAAGAAGUGUAUUGAUGUUUUGAUGGAAAAGGAGUACUUGGAACGCCUCGAUGAUGAUGAGCUUGGUUACCUUGCAUGAUCGUUCCCUUUCUUGUCUCUAUUUCGGAGCAUUGAUACUUUUUAAGUCCAGUGAGGACAUAAUGGCCAGCCCUCUAGGGGAUCGUAAGAGUAAUAGCCUUACCUGCGAUCUCCUUUUGAGACUUGCAUAUUGGAUGGUAAGUGACCGACCACUGAGUCUUGGGGUUUCUGAAGAUGGCGUGUUCCUUUAUCUUUGAUUUUGAGAAAAAAGCUCAUUAUCUUCUUCUAAUGUCAACAAAAACCUGAUAUUGCAAGAAACGAAGGUCAUGAUGAAUAUUUGGGGGUGGGGAGGCAGGGUGGGAGCUGGGAGCGGGACUUGUUUUUCUUGUUUUUUCUUUUCCUAUUGUCGUUUCUCCCUGAUGAGUCUCAUGGAAUUUGUAUGAGACGAGACACAGAUAGGAACAGACAGUGGCUGGUGGCUGGUGGCAAACGAAUAAAUAAGCAUUGCUUAAGGUGUCGGGGGAGUUUUGAUUUCGAUAUUGUGGAUACACCUGGACCUGGCUGGGUCUCAAGACAGAGAGACUGUAAUGUUCUUGCAGCCAAUAAAAAUGAUGCACCAUAAA